AUGGAGUUUGCCACCAGCAUUGCAGAGAACGUCUUGGGUAGGCUAGCUUUUUAUGCUUCCCAAAAGAUAUCCUUGGCAUGGGGUGCCCAACUUGAGCUCACCAAGCUCAACAAGACUUUAUCUACCAUCAAUCUAGUGCUUCAAGAUGCAGAGAAGAAGCAAGUGAAGAAUCCCUUAAUCACUCAUUGGUUGGGAAAGCUCAAAGAUGUUUGUUACGACGUUGAUGAUGUCCUUGACGAACUGGAGUUUCGAAAGCUGCGGAAGAAACUGCUGGUCAACAAUCAUGGGAUUGUCAAAGGAAAGGUACGCCAAUUUUUUUCGCGUCGGAAUCCAAUAGUGUUCAACUUUAAAAUGGGGCAUAAAGUGAAAGAGAUUAGAGAACGACUUGUUGAGAUUGAUAAUGAAAAGAGAGAGUUUUCUCUUAUUCAAGUCGCUCAACUGGCCGAAGAUCAUUGUGCGCCCAGACGAGUGCAUGAUGACAGAAGGAUCACAACUUCCACAGUUGAGGCUUCAAGUGUUAUUGGGAGAGAAGGUGACAAACAACAGAUUCUCAAGCAUCUGUUGAAUGACACUGAUUUCUCCAGUGAGGAGAAUGUGUCUGUUAUUUCCAUUGUUGGAUUAGGAGGGUUGGGGAAAACAACACUUGCUAAAUUGGUGUAUAAUGAGAGCAUGGUAAAAGAAAAUUUUGAGAAGAGGAUGUGGAUAUGCGUCUCAGACAACUUUGAUAUCCAAACAUUAGUUAAAGGCAUUACUAGUGCUGCUGGUGGACCAAAAUGUGAGGAUGAGAGUUUGGAUAUUAUGGAAACAAUGUUGCAAGAUACUCUCAGGAGUAAAAAGUUUUUGUUGGUGUUGGAUGAUGUCUGGGAUACAGAGUUGAUUGGAGUAACACGAGAAAAAUGGAUUGUUUUAAAGACUCUGUUAAAUGUGGGAGCUAAUGGAAGUAAAAUCAUCGUAACAACACGAAACAAUCAAGUUGCUUCAAUUGUGAAUUCCUCAUACAAGCAUCCUUUAGAAGGUCUUCCUCAUGAAGACAGCAUGUCCUUGUUCAUCCAAAGAGCAUUUAAGAAAGGAGAGGAGCACCGGUACCCACACUUGAUAGAAAUUGGAAAGGAUAUUGUGAAGAAGUGUGGAGGAGUUCCUUUAGCUGUAGCUACUCUAGGGAGCAUGCUCUAUUUAAAUACAGAGCGGCACAAAUGGGAAAGUGUUAGAGAUAAUGACAUGUGGAGUAUAGGAAAUGACAAUAUUCUACCUGCACUCAAAUUGAGCUAUGAUGCAUUACCACAACACUUGAAACCAUGUUUUGCUUUUUGUUCACUUUUCCCAAAAGAUUAUAUAUUCAACAGUGAAGAUUUGGUUUCAUUGUGGACAGCACAAGGCUACCUCAAAUGUAAGAAAAAUGAAGAUUUUGAGCAAAUAGGUAUAAACUAUGUAAGGGAGUUUUCCUUUAGAUCUUUGUUUCAAAUCGAGCUUGAAAUGAAAACCGAUAUAAUGUUUAAAAUACAUGAUCUAGUUCAUGAUUUAGCAAUUUCGGUGGCACAAGUAGAGUACUCCACAGUCAAUUCUCGUCCCUCUAGUGGUUUUGAUAUCGUUCGACAUGUGUCAGUCUCUAAAAAGGACUUGUUUGGAGAAGAGGCAAAAAUGCCUGAUUUCAUAUUCAAGUUAACCAAAUUGCGAACCUGUCUAAUUCCUGAUAUUUGCAAGAUGAAUCAACAUUUUGUGAAGACAUGCAUCUUGAUAUUUAAAUAUAUGCGGGUGCUAGAUCUCAGAGAGUCGGCUCUUGAGGAGAUACCAAGUUCUAUUGAGAUCCAAUUCCUCACCAACCUUCGUCGAUUGUGGAUUUAUUCCUGUGCAAAUUUGGAAUCCUUGCCACCAAAUAUGAAACUCUUGACCGCUCUGCAUACUCUGAUUAUUGAUGAGUGUGAAAAACUUGAUUUGAUGAAAACCACAGAAGGCCCUCAAGGUCUUAGAUCAUUUGUGCUCAGGAAAUCAGAUUUGGAGGUUUUGCCUCCUUGGCUUGAAGAUUCAGCGAAAGUUCUGCAGAGCAUAGAACUCGCCGACUGUGAUAAUCUAACUGAAAUUCUGGAAUUGCAAAAAUUCACAUUCCUUGAACAACUAAGGAUUGACUACUGUUCCAAUCUGUUAGCUUUGCCGGAAGGGUUGCAUUGCCUUAGUGAGUUUAGAGAAUUAGAGAUUAAUAAUUGUCCGAAACUGAGCGAGAGUUGCAAAAGGCAAUUAAAAGGCCAGGAUUGGUCCAAGUUUGCACGUGAGGCAAAGAUUAAGAUCUACCCUGAUAUGGAUACAGACGAAGAUGAUGAUGAAGGUGCUUUCGACGAUCACAAUGCUAUAUCAACUGAUAGAAUGGUCGCUGCUGAGGCUUUUUCUCCUUCUCGCUCUUUGCCUGUUGCUGCUUGA